AUGGCAUCUCGAUUCCACUUACUUGAGGAUAACAAUGCCGCCAAUAUGCUUCUGGACCGUGCCAUAGACCCUGCCGACAUGAACCCCACACAGUUCUCCAUACUGUCAGUGCUCAAGACCGCCAUGCCAUCUGGCACCAGCAUUCCCAUGCCGACGGGUACUUCUGAGCCAGAUUGGUACAAGAACCUGCCUGAUGACGUCAAGAGCCUGUUGCCUCAGUUUUACCCUGCAACUACUACUGCGUCUGUAGAGCGUACCAGUACCAGCAGUGAGGUUGUUAGCCAAGCGUCUUCGACACCAACUUCGACUCCGGUUUUGACAAGCAGUCUGGUGAGCGAGGAGGCAUCAUCAUCAUCUGCGUUUGUAUCUGCCGCUGCAGUUACAUCUGCCUCUGUGCAGGUUUCAUCGUCUUCUCUCCCAUCCACCUCCACACCAACAAUCCCCCUUUUCUCCUCCACCGUCUCAACUUUCCCUUCUGCCUCUUCCAACAGUAGCACUACAGUCACUACGACAUCCGCCUCGCCAACCCCGUCUGCGCUCUUUUCUGCUGGCCUGAGAAAUACCGUGCAUACAGGCUUGCUGGCAGCUGUGGCGUAUGUUAGUGUUGCGCUGGGAUUCUGUUUGUUUGCUUAGAGGAUGAGUCAAUGACGAGCCGUCGUUAUUUGCGUGUUGACGCGUGAUCGGUAGGCGAGUAAUGUAGUCUAAUGUCUUUAUG